AUGGGGAUGAAGCGUGAGGCGACGAAGCGGUCGCUCACGCCAUUUAGCUCGAACUUGUGUAAACUGGUAUACUGGUACGCUCAUAAACCACCACUCUCGCUCUCGCUCGAUUUCCCGCUCGAUCAAUCGAACUCGAUCUCACGCGCGCCAGUCGCGUCGCUCCGUCCACGCGAACCAUGGUGUCACUUCACGCCUCACUGCGCGGCGACGCGCACGCGACGACGCGCACUCGAAAACUCCAUAAUACGCUCGGUAUCGUCUCGCACGCGUUUCAUGUCCACCGAAGACGACGACGGCGACGUUGACGCUUUGCAAGAGCUCAAGGAAAAGGUUCAAAACCUCUCGCGUAGCAACGCCGUCAUGGCUGCGCACUGUUGCAAAGCCGCCAAGAAGAUCUAUGGAUCGAAGGUCGACGCGGGCUCGUUUAGGUUUAGAAGACUUCCGGGAGUGUUGAUAAUAACGCACACUGUUCAAGUCAAGGUGCGCGAGCUGGGAGGAUCGAGCGUUUGA